UUUUUGACGUCUUUCUCUAUUUUGUAAUGAAAUGAAUCACCGUCGUCUUUGAUGAAAGUUUUAAAAAUGAUUAACAAAAACAGUUAGUAUUAAUUAAUUUCAUUAAAUUUCGAUGCUUAAUGUGUCUUACAAUAUUUAGUUUAUGAAAUGACCACAAACAUUUAUAAUAAGUGCCCAAACAAGGAUGGAGCCAGGCCGUUUAAGUAUCGCGAUUAUGCAGCGAAAAUUUCUAUGAAUUUACAACUUUUCAAGAGAGAUGGCAGAUUUUGUGAUAUAGAUUUAAUUUCUGGUAAAACUAAAGUUAAGGCGCAUCGCGUAGUGUUAGCAGCUAGUUGUGCAUAUUUUGAUGCAAUGUUUAGUGUAGGUCUCGAAGAAAGCCAAAAAGGACAUGUUGCUCUUCCUAGUGUCCCACCUGAUAUCUUACCAAUAAUCAUUGAUUUUAUUUAUACAGGAGAAAUUGUUAUAGAUAAGACAACCGUUCAACAUUUAUUGAUAGCUGCAGACAUGCUACAACUUAGAGAAUUAGUAACAGGUUGUGGUGAAUAUUUACGAAGAGAAUUGCAUCCCUCAAAUGCUCUUGGAAUUUUCAGGUUUGCUGAAGCACACAAUUGUACUGAAUUAGCAGAACAAGCAUUGGAACAUGCUCAAGGAAAUUGGAAUAUAGUAGCAAAUGGAGAUGAACUACUUGAGUUGCCUCUGCAGCAACUAGUCACUUUAUUAUCAUCGGAGCAAUUGAAAGUAGACAACGAAGCACAGGUUUUGUAUCCAGCUCUUCGUUGGUUAGAACAUGAUCCGGCAUGUCGCCGACGGCAUUGCUUUGAAGUAUUGAGCCAUGUCCGCCUACCACUAAUUUCACCACAAGUCUUAGAUGAAGCAUUAAAGAAUGUACAAGACCCAUCUAUAGCAGUAGCGUUGAAGACAGUCAGAGUAGAUAUGAAAACUGGACGAGGGGCAUUGGUGGCACUAGCAGCGGAGCCGCGCGCUCGAGCCCGGCGCGUUUUGCUCGUGGUGGGGGGCUCCUGUCACGACAACGCAGCCCAUCUUCCCAAUACCACAGAUAAUAUUCUUUCUUCUGUGACAAAAUUCGAUCUGCAUAAAAAGGAAUGGGAAGAGCUAUCACCAAUGGGCAUAGCCCGUAUCCAACCGGGCGUAGCAACUCUUGCGGGACGUGUUUAUGCUGUAGGAGGCGAGCAAGGUAGUCAAAUACUAGCCAAUGGAGAAGUCUAUGAUCCACAGAUUGAUAAAUGGUCAAACAUUGCGCCAAUGAAAGAAGCUCGCUGCGAAUUCGGAAUGACUGAGUGGAACGGCUAUCUAUACGCUUUCGGAGGAUGGGUGGGCUCCGACAUGGGCGCCUCGGUCGAGGUGUACGACCCGGGCGCCGACGAGUGGACGCUGACCGGACGGAUGCCGGAACCGAGAUUUGGCAUGGGUGUAGUUAAUUUUGAAGGCCUUAUUUACGUUGUGGGUGGAUGCACUCAUACGUGGAGACACACAAGAGACCUGCUGUGCUAUCACCCAACGUCGCGCAAAUGGCAGACUCUGACUCCGAUGCGCCACGCGCGAAGUCAGGCGGCUGCCGUAGUUCUCGACAACUACCUUUAUGUGAUAGGUGGCAAUGCGCCGGGACGAACUGUACUUACCUCAGUUGAAAGAUAUAGUUUUGACGAUGACUCGUGGGAGGAGGUGGCGAGCCUGCGCGAGGCGCGCGCCGGCUGCGCCGCGGGCGCGCUGGAGGGCGCGCUGGUGGUGGCGGGCGGCGACAGCGAGAGCGGCGGCGAGCGCGCCUUCUACCGCGCACGCACCACGCUCUCCAGCGUAGAGGUAUACGACCCCCGGGAAGACUCCUGGCGCACCGACACCUCGCUACCCCUCUCCCGAGCCGAAGCCGGCGCGGCGGUACUUUGACAUAAUAUACACAAUGGACAGUUUUUAAGUACUCCAUUGAAUAAAAGGUACAAACUACUAUUACAGCGGACGACGCAUUGAUAUAUUUAAAACUUUUUAUCGAUUUCGAAUACAGUCAGAGUAUGCAGAACGAUGCGAAAAGUUAAAAUUGUUGGCGGACCAAGUCUACGCAUACACCUAAUGCAGAUUUCGCUACGUGCAUGCCGACUGGUGUGAGAGUUGCGAUGACGGUGGCUAAAUCCGCUAAGGACAAUGCAUACUGGAAUAUUAAAAACUAGCGACUAAUACUCGCAUAAAAUAGGUAUAUUUUAAAUACAUAAUAAGAAUGCCUUAUGAAAUGAAUUUUGAAAAUUCAUUAAUAAGUAAGUAGUAAUCUCAGGGGGUUAAUAAGUAUGUACAGACGACAGCACAACAGACUAUACAUUUUCGUUGCAAAGUCGCCCUUAUCGCAACUACGUAAGAUACCACAGUGUUUACGUUGAUGUGCUGUCGACUGUACCAUCUUAAAGUCAAUAAGGGCAAAAACAUAUUCAGCUUUCCCAAUCCUAUUUUUUAGGUUGAUGGUCUGACAGUACUUAUUAUUAUUCUCUGGUCUGACGUUCAACUACAUUUUCAAAAGAUUCAAUAUGGGAACUGUCAUAUUUCAAUCAACACUACGAUUUGAUGCCUAAGCCUAGGCGCAGACCGUUGAUUUUUCGUUGGCCGAUAGUAUAGUCGGGCAGUAAAAAACUCAGUAAAACUCAUUUAUUUCUGUAAGUAGGCUUUAAAAAAGCACUUUUACACGUCCCAGUAUUAACCCUACCACUUUUUGACAAAGUUAAUUAGUAUGGGCAUGUAUGGAAGUGCGCACAUUACGCCGAUUCGAUUUGGCCGACUAAAGUUGAAUGCGAUUCCCAACUGCCCUCCAACUAAAGUAUCGUCCAACUAUCGGUCGAUAGCUUGAUCAGUACGGCGCUCCUCUACGCGCCCGCAUACUGGCUGAUUUUUCGUCGUCCAACUCGGCCGAAAGCUUCAGUUCGCACCCCGUUUUUUAGGCGGGAAAGGACGUCGUUCUUUUUUUCCGCAUUAAUUUAUUAUUAUUAAUUGAUUUAAACGUGUCAUGCUCUGGGGCGGGACCACCUUAACGUAGGUACAUAUAAUAUAUACGAAAGAAAUGUAUAAAAUAUGUAUAUAAUUGUAGACUUAGUUAAAAAAAAUGUAUAUCUAUAGUUUUGUUGUAAACAUUAAUUCAAAGUGGUCCCGCCGGAGAGCAUACUCCCUAGCGGGACCACCUAGAAGAUUUCGUUACUGAAGGUUUCUGAAUUCGUUUAUAAGCCCAUAAAAAUGUAUAUUAAAUGUAUACAAAUCUGCUAUA